AUGGCUCAAACGAUUCGGCAACUGGCUGAAGCUCCGAUAGAACAAUCGCCAUUAUGUAUCGUAUAUCCUACUGUGGAUACUGAUUUUGAGUUGAAGUCAAGUUUAAUCCAGUUACUGCCAACUUUUCAUGGGUUGCAAAAUAAAAAUCCCCACGAGCAUCUGAAAGAGUUUCAUAUGGAUUGUCUUAGCAUGAAACCUCAGGGGGUAACUGAGGAUCAGAUUAAAUUGCGUGCUUUCCCUUUCUCUGUAGUAGAUUCCGCUAAUGAAUGGUUUUUUCCAACGUCUCGAGUAGCUGAGCUAAGAAGAGAGAUCGUUGGAAUAAGGCAAAAAGAAGCUGAGUCCCUUUACGAUUAUUGGGAGCGAUUUAAGAAGUUGUGUGCAAGCUGCCCACAACAUGGUAUAACGGAGCAAUCUCUCCUCCAAUAUUUUUAUGAAGGUUUGAAGCCCAUGGAGAUAAAUAUGGUAGACGUUGCUAGUGGAAGAGCAUUGGUCAAUAUGACUCCCCAACAAGCAAGAGACUUGAUCUCCACGAUGGCUGCAAAUUCUCAGCAGUUUCGAGCCAAUACUGAACCCUCUAGAAGGGCUCACCAGCCAAGUAAUUCAACCUUAGAGGAUAAAGUUGAUAGACUUACUAAUAUGAUGAACUCUUUUAUUACAGAAAAAGCGAAGACAGCCCGGUUAUGCGAAAUAUGUGCUACACCUGAUCAUGCAACUGAUGCAUGUCCCAGUUUAUAUGAUGAUACCAUGGCCCAUCUGGAUGCUGUAAGAAAUUUCCCUGGGCCGCCACAAAGGCAAUAUGACCCCCACGCUAAUACCUACAACCCAAGGUGGAGGGACCAUCCUAACUUAAGUUAUGGGGUCAAUCCACGAAAUAACCAGUCAUACCAAAGUCAGUUUCCACAACAGCCGCAAGGUUCAGGUAAUUUUCUAGAAACCAUGGUCAAUAAGUUAGCAACUAAUGUUCUUAAUUUUCAACAGCAAACUCUUCAUUUCCAAAAAAAGAUGAAGGAUUUCCAACAGAAAACUGAGGCGUCGAUCAAAGAGUUGACCACAUCGAUCGAGAAAUUAACCUCUCAAGGGAAGCUGUCGUCACAAACAAAACCAAACCCUAGACAAAAUGCAAAUGCAGUAAUGUUGCAAAGUGGAAAGGUACUGGAACCAAUUCCUGACAAGAAUCUUGGCAAAUAA